UUCAAUUCAAGCCCAGUCAAUUUAUUGCAUUUCACAGCAUCUGUCAUUCAUAUGACCGCUUAAAGAGAGUUUUACUUUUAAAUAUAUUGACUUUAAUGAACGACCGAAAAAUAGUGAAUUCAAAGCAAAGAAAUAAGGAAACGCCCGAAAAAGGAGUCGAACAAGUGAAUAAAAUCACAAAAAUGAUAUAUGUACAUACAUAAAGAAGACAAAAAAAGAACGUUAUGCAAAGUAUAUUUUUUCCAAGAAUUGUGAAAAUAAAAAAAUUGGCUGAUCAAAGACAAUUGAACAAGAUAUUGCAACCAAAGUGAGUGAUAUGCAUAAAAACCACGACCGAAAACCAAGAGAUUUACGUUACCAAUUUUGUUCGAUUCAAAUGAAGCCAUAUAAGAUUGACAACAAAUUGGACAAAUGAGAACAAUCAGCAACUGGAAUAAAAAACAAACGAAUUUGGGAUUCGUAAUAAUCAACCGAAAGGAACGUUAUCGACGAAUAAUCUUACGACUCGACUGACAUUAGAAUUAGUUGUAUUCGGUCCAAGUUUACGGUUGCAGUUCACAAAGUGAUUUAUAUAAACACAUAUAUAAAUAUUUUUAGAAGAAAAAAAACGUCAGGUGAUAUUUCGUUGAAUUUUGUGAAAUUGUUAAGAGGAUACGGAGAAUUUCGAUUCUUACGGGGAAAAAAGGAAACUACAUGAAUCAUUCAAGUAAUCGUAGUAGCAGUACAGAGCGGCCUUGUGGAUUAACGGCGUUGCUGCCUUUAGGAAUGUCUUGUAGAGGUCGUGCGGAAGCAUUUGCUCGAAGCCUUCAAUCACGUCUUCGUACUCUAGGAACACAGUCCAACGAAUCAACACCGAUCGCAUCAGGAAAUGCGGGCAAUGAAAAUACUUGGCUAAAUUCGACAUCAUAUACACAAGCUUCGUCAAAUGUAACAAAUCAUCAACCAGUAUCGACCGGCAAUGGAUUGCACGAUGCAGCUGAUUCGUAUUUUGAUUUCGAUAUACCCGGCAGUCCGGUGGACGAAAGUGAAUAUGCACGUUUGAUAAAUACAUCGACUACAUCAACGGCAACACCACAAGAGAAUGCAUCCGAAUCGGGUUAUGUUUGUGCAUCACCAAUUUCGUCAGUCGAAAACAAUGUGGUUAACGAACACAGUGAUAGUUCGUCCACCGAUGAACCAUUUUUCGAUCCGGAAUGUUCCGAUAGUGAACAGCGAUCGUUUUCGCUUAGUUGCGAUUAUUAUGAUUGUGAAGAAUCAAAGAAAGAAACAAAUGCUAACAAAUUAUCAACGCAUCAAAAAGAAUCCGAACAACAGCAACAGCAGCAGCAGCAGCAACAGCAACACGACCACAAUGGUUUCAAUGGCAAUACAAAUACCGAUAAUCUUCCAAUAUUUCAAAAUACAUCUAUAAAUUUACCGGACACUACCUCAAAAUCAUUUCAUAAUCUUGACAAUGAUGUGGAUGUAACUGAUUUUUUUGCAUCAAUGCCAAAAUUCGAAAGCGAUUCAAAUGGCAGCGAACAUAUCAUCACAUCAAAUGACAAAGAGCUUGAUAAUCAUGUGGCCAUUGAAGUCGAUAGCACAAAUAGUAUUAGUACAAAUGAAAUAGUUCAGUCAAUUGCCAGCAAUGAUGUCCAAGAGAUACCAAAAUAUGAUCCAAACAGAAAGAAAGAAACGCUCAGCGUAGAAAAUUUUGUUAACGGUGGCAGCCAUUUAUCUGAAGAUGAUGAAGAGCCAUUGCCACGUCCGGAUCGUUUUCGUCGUUCAUCAUCAUUGAAAACGGGAAAAACACCACCCGGAACGCCAGGUCGCAAGAAAAUUGUACGCUUUGCUGAUGUAUUGGGUCUAGAUUUGGCUGAUGUGCGUACAUUUUUAGAUGAAAUACCAAAAGUACCAAAAUCGGCAUUCGACGAACUAAUAAUUCCACCCGAACCGCUAAUUUCGUUGGGUCAACGUUUGGAUAAAAUUAUUGUGCCACUAUUUCAGCAACCGGGCGCAUCGCCAAAUUUUUUGGAUGUCGUUCAAAUUCAAAACGUUGCACUUGAAAAUGCGGCCGUUACCGAUCCGAUUUGCCUUACCAUAACCGGAGUUGUACGCGUCCGAAAUUUGGACUUCCAUAAAUCGGUACAUGUUCGUUAUUCAUUGGAUGCAUGGAAAAGCUAUUCUGAUCUACAGGCAGAAUAUGUGUCCAAUUCAUGUGAUGGUUUUUCGGAUAAAUUUACAUUCACCGUUUUCGGUAAUUCAAUGGAAAUUGGCCAACGCAUUGAAAUUGCAAUUCGAUUUUCAUGCAAAGGUGAACAAUUUUGGGACAGUAAUCACGGUGUUAAUUAUUGUUUUCAAUGUAUGCCGGCAACAACACCACAAUUGCAAACAACCAACAAUAGCGAAAAUCAUCAUCCACAUCAGGUCCACCUACACGAUUCAUGGUGUGGCUCAUCAUUUUACUAAUACAUAAACACAAAUAACUCGUACACAAUCUUAAAGAGAUUAAACACGGCCCACGAACAGAGAAAGCUUUCUUAACUUUUUUUCGCAUUGCAUACGAUUUUAAUUCAUGACAUCGACUUAGACAAAAAGUGUGUGUAUGCGUGUGUGAGAGAGAGAGGGAAAAGGAACAAAGAAAUUUUAAAUAUACACAAUAUGCAGGAUACAACAGUGAUGACACAAUCGAAAGAUAUUAAAAACAAAGAGAGCUGAGCUCAUUUUAAAGAGAAACGAAUGAAAAAUAUAUAUAAAAAAGUAAAAAAUGUUAUAUGGCUGGAAUGUUUAAAACUAGCCAUUUUAAAUAUAACAGUAAUUAAAAGAAACAGAUACACUUAU